AUGCAGGAGGAAGACACAUAUGCCUCUCUUCAGUGGGAUCCCCCAACACCAAGCCCUUACCAGAAACAUCUGUCUUCCACCAAAUAUUCAGGAGCAUGGUGUCUGGUGGUGGUGAUUUCAUGUAUUCUCUGCGUGGGCUCAGUAACCACCUCUGUUUUCUUGGGGAUCAAGUUGUUCCAGGUGUCCACUAUUGCAAUGAAGCAGCAAGAAAAACUCAUCCAUCAGGAUAGAGAACUGUCGAACUUCACAGAGUGGAAGAGAAACCAUAACCUUCAGAUGAAAUGUUGCCAAACCUUGAGGCAAAAGUCUUUCAGUUCAGCCCAUAACUGCAACUCUUGUCCAGACAACUGGAUUCAGAAUGGAGGAAGUUGUUACCGUGUCUUUGAAAACUGGAAAUUUUGGCACACCAGUAAAGAGGACUGUUUGAAGGAGGGUUCUAAUCUUCUACAAAUAGACAGCAAAGAAGAAAUGGACUUUAUCACUGACAGCCUGAGUAAUGUCAAGAAAGGCUAUGAUUACUGGGUGGAGCUAUCUCAUGAUGGACUCAGCAGACCGUGGCUUUGGAAAGAUGGCUCCCCUCCUUCACCUUCCCUAUCGCCAGUACAGACUCUCCAAUCAACUGACCAGCUCUGUGGAUAUCUCAAGGACAAGUUCCUUUCUUCCACUAACUGCAGCAAUUGGAAAUAUUUUAUCUGUGAGAAGUAUGUGUUAAGAUCCUCUAUCUGAAAGAAAUUGUACCAGGAGAAAUCUAUUAUGAUAGUUCUGUUGAACAGGACAUUGGAAAACCUGCCACAAAAUUCCAUAAAGCAGAUGCAGAAGUGAACCUAGGUGUGGGCUAUGAUAACACCUUCCUGGGACUCAAAACCUAUCUCUAUACUUACACUUGGUAAUUUUCUUCAGUACUUUCCAGAACUUCAAUUGACAUUGUUUAAAUUGCCAAGAAUAAAACCGAUUUAUAGCUUCAUAGGACAAAAUCCUGAAAGGUUGAGAACAAACUGAAGAAAAAUAAUUUCUUUGUUCUUUCUUUCUUUCUUUCUUUCUUUCUUUUUUCCUAAUCUAGAAUGACUAUAAACUCCACACAAAAACCUAUAAGCCACUGGGGGGUGGAAAUGUAUUUCUAGCUGACUGGUUUUUCUUUUUUCUUUUCUUCCUUUUCUUUACUUUCUUU